AUGGACUCAUCCCUCAUGCGGCACUAUAAAAAGUCUGCUCUUGCUGGAGUUUUUCAGUCUCAUCAAGAACUCCACCAGACCACCAUCAUGAAAUUUGUGGCCCUCGCUCUCGCCCUUCUAGUGGCUGUCGGCUCUCAGGCCGCAUCCCUGCAGGCUGAUGCACCUAGUCAGCUGGAGCAAAUUCGUAGUGCUGUGGAUGUGUACCUUAUCCAGGUGAGGGACAGUGCGAAGAAAGCUCUGGACCAGCUCGAUGGUACUGAGUACAGCGAAUUAAAGAGCACACUGUCUCAGCGUAUGGACACUUGGUACAAUCAGCUCAAGGCCAUGCAGACUGCUGUUUCCCCAGUGACUGACUCUGUUGUCACCACCAUCGCUGACGCUACCGCAGAACUUCGUACUUCUAUCACGAAGGAUAUAGACGCCCUGAAAAUUGAUCUUGAGCCAAAACGUGUCGCGCUGAGGGGUGUCCUUACCAAACACAUAGAGGAAUACCGCAAACUGUUGGAACCAACCAUCACGGAUUAUGCAAACCACCACAGACAAGAGAUGGAAGCUUUGAAGACCAAGCUGGAGCCUGUGCUGGAGGACUUGCGUCAAAAGAUUGAAGUCAAUGUGGAGGAGACCAAAUCUGCCAUCAUGCCCAUUGUGGAGUCUGUGCGUGCGAAGAUUUAUGAACGUUUGGAAGAAGUCAAGUCAAUGGUUAAACCCUAUGUGGACGAAUAUGUGGAGCAAAUAAAAGCAGGUGUCAAUCAGGCACAGUCCAUCAACGCUGACGACCUCACUGCCCUGAGGGAGAAGAUUGCUCCUUUAGUUGACGAUGUCAAGACGAAGCUCCAAGAGAUCUUUGAGACCAUCGCUGCAACCGUCACCAAGAACUAAAUCAUCUUUAUCCUGCUCCUGUAACUAACCUCACCUACCUGACAGUCCUAGAUCCAUUCCAUCUUCCUCGUCAUUCCCUCUGUUCUCACAGCAGGUUCAACUCCUGAGAUGCAGCCGACGCCUCACUGAUGCACUUCUUUGCAACAAAUCGGCGGGACCCUUGCUCUUUCUCUACCAUUCAAACAGCUUAUUUCAUGCGUCUGUGAUCAAGCACGUGCAAGCAAAGAUAUACACAGAUACAUACACAUUGAGCACACACAUGCUUUACUCUUUGCAACUGCUUACAUUUUGUGUAGUAAUUGUAUGUAAAUGAAGUGCCUGAACUUCUGUGUAAUGAUGCUUGCCUGUUGAAAACUGCGUUUUGAUGAAAGACAGCUCAAUAAACAUCUGACUGUA